UCUCCGCCUGUCGCUGGCUCGGCGGCCGCCGGCUCCGACGAAGCGCAGGGCGGAGGGGAGGGGAGGGGCGGGCGGCGCCCAGGAGGGAGGCACCGGGCCGCAGGCCAAGCCGACCGGGGUCACAGUUUGGGUUUGCAGCAAAAAUGCUUUCAGAACAGACAGCAGCCCUGGGGACAGGAUGGGAGUCAAUGAAUGUCCAGCUGGAUGGAGCAGAGCCCCAGGUGGAAAGGGGAACCCAGGAAGAGGGGCCAUGGAGAACAGCCCCAGAGCCCCUGGAGCACCUGUGCUGUGAUCUUGAAGAGGAGCCCCAGUCCCUUCAGGAGAAGGCUCAGUCUGCUCCCUGGGUUCCUGCCAUUCCCCAGGAGGGGAGCACUGGAGACUGGGAGAUGGCAGCGGCACUUCUUGCAGCUGGAUCACAGGGCCUGGUAACCAUCAAGGAUGUGUCACUGUGCUUCUCUCAGGAGGAGUGGCGGAGCCUGGACCCCUCUCAGACAGACUUUUAUGGAGAAUAUGUCAUGCAGGAAAACUGUGGGAUAGUGGUUUCUCUAAGAUUUCCAAUUCCCAAACUGGACAUGCUUUCUCAAUUAGAAGGAGGGGAAGAACAAUGGGUCCCUGACCCCCAGGACUUAGAGGAGAGGGACAUCCUGAGGGUCACAUAUACAGGAGAUGGAAGUGAGCAUGAGGGGGAUACCCCUGAACUAGAAGCAGAACCUCCCAGAAUGUUAUCUAGUGUGUCCGAAGAUACUGUGCUCUGGAACCCAGAGCAGGAUGAGAGCUGGGAUUCCAUGUCCAGGAGCUCCAGAGGAAUGCUCCUAGGCCCACCUUUUCUUCAGGAAGAUAGCUUCUCAAACCUUCUGUGUAGCACAGAGAUGGAUUCCCUGUUAAGACCGCACACAUGCCCCCAAUGUGGGAAACAGUUUGUGUGGGGCUCCCACCUUGCCAGGCACCAGCAAACACACACUGGGGAGAGGCCCUACAGCUGCCUCAAGUGUGAGAAGAGCUUCGGGCGAAGACAUCACCUGAUCCGGCACCAGAAAACCCACCUACAUGACAAGCCCAGCAGGUGCUCUGAGUGUGGCAAGAAUUUCCGAUGCAACUCCCAUCUGGCCAGCCACCAGAGAGUGCAUGCAGAAGGCAAAUCCUGCAAGGGCCAAGAGGUUGGAGAGAGCCCUGGGGCUAGGAAACGGCAGCGCGCCCCACCGGCACCAAAGUGCCAUGUGUGCACCGAGUGUGGGAAGAGCUUUGGCCGACGGCACCACCUGGUGAGACACUGGCUGACUCAUACAGGGGAGAAGCCCUUUCAGUGCCCUCGCUGUGAGAAGAGCUUCGGCCGUAAACAUCACCUGGACAGGCACCUGCUGACCCAUCAGGGACAAAGUCCCCGGAGCAGCUGGGACAGAGGGACAUCUGUCUUUUGAAAUCUGUUUCUGCUGCAGCUGUGGUCACAUCUGUCAGCUGGUGCUAUCAGGAGUCUCUGCCAGAGCUGCCCCUCUUCUGCACCUCAGUGGCCAGAUUCAUAAGCCCUGGCCCCAUCCCCAGAAAGAUGAGGUUUCAGUUUGGGCCAGAGCGUUUCUCACCAGUUCUGUGAGAUACCACAUAAAAUAGAAUCCUUUGGGCAAAACUUUUGGGAAACAAGUGCUUACAUGGGCUGAUAUUCAGCCUGAGCCCAUUCUCAAGGGUACAGUGGUACUAGCAAUUUAUGACUGAGGUCCAUUUUGAUUGGAGCCUAUGCCAUACCAGUUGUUAACUAUUUUGAGUAUCACAUUUGUAUACCAUAACUUUUAUACUCUCUCUAUAUGUAGAGAGAGAGAGACUCUACUGGCAUAUUAAAGGCUCUGAAAACUUAUGCAGCAGAACAAAUUGUUAAGCCUCCUUUAAUGCAGUGUUUCCUAAAUUUAUUUGACCUCAGUAUCCUUUCUAUCUCACAUCCCACAGAACUGGUGACUCCAUGAAACACUCUGGUGAACACUGGGUUAGAGAGUAAUGAGGAAACAGGAAAAAGAUAGUGAUCAGGCACCCAGAGCCCCCUUUUUAUAUUCAAAUGAAAGCCAAGGGGCAGACCUCAUUCCUGGGUGGGUCUAUCAUCCUUACUCCAAUCAUCCAAAUAUAUAUCCACACCUCUCACCCCCACCUGCUGAAAAAUAGAAUAACCUUUUCACCCCCUAUUCCUGUUCCCUUCAUCCUGCACAUACAUAUAUCCAGCUGAGAGAUCACACUACAAUGCUAAGAGAUGACCUUUAUACCCACAAGUAACCCAGGCCCACACAGAAGAAAAAAACUUUAUCCCCUUGAACAGACCCCUCUCCUCUUGACUGUGUCUUUAUGUGUCUAUGUGUAUCUUUGUGCAGAGCAUGCAAAGUGCAAACUGUACAAGCUAGAUUUUCUAGCGGUUGUGUUCUGGGGAUGAGGGUAGUAGGGAUUGUAUGGGGUUUUUUGUUUCUGUUUCAAGAUAGGAAGUAACCUGAGCGAUGAUUAAGGGAGCCCUAGUGGAAAGGGUUAAGUGGUGGGUUAUGUUGUGGGCGUCGAGGUAUAAAGCCUUCCCCAGUAUCACUGAGGUCAAGGCAACUGUGGAUAUAUAUGUCUACCUCUGACUCUCUGGGCUACAGAUUCUUUUUGCCUGGGAGGAAGGAGAAAGAGGCAUCCUCAGUAAGGCAAGCUUUUUCUUGAUUUCAAGCAAAGUGCGUGUAGAAGCUUUGUGUCGAGUGGGGUUUUUGUCUUGUUUUAAGUGCUGGGAAAUGAGGGCAGGAAUCAUAGUUGCAGGUUGUUGUCAUCACUCUCGUUUGACCUUGAUUGCCUCAUCAAGGGAGCAGAGUUAUUCUUGAGGAUCUCAUUCUCCCAGAAACAGAACUUUGGGGGAAAUGGCUAUGGUUUAGCUUUUCAGCUGGUGCAGGGUAAUGAGCUUUCUGGUUGGUUGUCCUCCCAAUUCUGGGAAGAUGUCCACUCUAAGACUGUUAACUCCAGGACUUGCAUAAGUGUUGUAGCAUCUGUUAGUUGAUGAGUUGGCCAUUGUUUCUCUUUAUUGAUGAUGUGUUAAUACCAGUCUUAUAAUUUAAAAGUUACCUCGUAUGUAGGAGCAGUUUGGGAUUGGGGGGGAGAAGAGCAAAGAGGAUGGAAGUGGGAUAUUUUUUCUUUAAUGCUUAGAUUCUGGGUUUUCAUUAACAUGCUUAUUUCUCAACCACAAUUGGUCAAUUAAACAGGCAAGAGGAAGUGAGCUGCAACAACCUAGUUCAAUGACUGUCCCAUUUGCUUAGGAAAAACUGGGUGAAUCACAGCUCCUCAGUCCUGGACCCAGAUGGAGCUGAAAAUAGGAUUAUUUUGCUGACUGGGCCUCUUAGAUUGGAUAUUACUUGAGCAACCCAGCACCCACCUCCCUUCUGCUGCUCAGAGCGGCCUUCCCUCUUUGCCUGGAACAUACUUCUCUUGCUGUGUUCCUAGGAAUAGAGCAAAAUGGCCAGGCUUUUAUGGUGGCCUUGUCCUAGAUCCUCAGAGACAGAAGCGUUUUAGGAUCAGUAUUAGGAGAUGCCCCAAGUAAGAGGAAAGUAAUGGAUUCCAGUGGUAAAACUGGACUAUGCCAUUUCUUUUACCCUCCCACUAUGCCUCAAUUCAUUAAUGCAAAUCAUCUAUAUGUAAGCAAUGGUUCAGAAUCUGUUUGGGGUCACAGACCCUUUUGAGAAUCUGAUAAAAAUCAGAAACUCACUUUGGAGAAAAAUACAUAUUAGCAAUUUGCUGCAUUUUGCAUACACAUUUAGCAGGUUCAGAGCCCAUCCGUGGAAUCACUAAACUGAGGUCAAAGAAAGGAAGAUACCCUGACCCAGUAUGGUCAUUAUAUAUAUUUGUGUCAAGAAUUACAAGGCAAGGAUCACUAAAUAUUUUAAGGACUAAGAUACCAGAGGCAGUAGGGUAUAAGAAUAGUCUGGUCUUUAAUGACUAAAUGGUAUUGCUUACAUUCUACUCUGUUUUUUAAAAAGAGAUAUGACAUGCUGACAAAUGCAGCUCCUCACAAACCUUGUUUUAAAGACUCGUGGGAGGUGACUCUCCAUACUAUCAGAUCACACCUCUUAAUAAGCAGAUGAUAACCUCCAGCCUUUGAUGUGUUUUAGUAAUUGUCAGGGUAGAAAGUGACGGCCCCAAGAGUAGGUACAUAGCACCCAACUGAAAGGUAUCGAGGAGUCUAAGGGCCUUCUGCAGAAGGGGCAUCCCUUUAGGUCAUUUCUCGUGUACUUCUGUCUUCUCUACCUCGGUCCAACACCACUUCCCUUGGACAAAAAAUAAAAUAAGCAACAGCCAUUAGAUGGGUGAAUAGAUUUGAAUGAUUUUUUCCCACAGGGAAUCAGCCUCAAAUUCCCAUCUUCCUCCCAACUCCCUCUGCCAAAUGUUCACCCUAUCCCCUUUAAAUAAAAAAUGCCUCUGUGUUCUCUCUGGGCAAAAUGUAAAAUAGAGAAAUCCAUCUUCAGGAACCUGUCCCUUUUUUCCCCUCUAUGGUGAUUCUACCCUAUUCAGGGCCCAAGUGUCCUCCCCGCCCCAUCCCCCACCCCCAUCAAAGUAUCUCUGCAAAGCAUCCCUUACACUGGAGAACAUAACCCAAAGUGUUAUCUUUUCCCAGAGCUGUUUACAUUUUAAGCCUUACCUCUGAUAGUGUAAGUGGAAGGAAAAGCUUUUCCCUUGUUAGAGUGAUGUUAUGCCUUCAGGAAGCUAAAGGGGUGAUAAUUUGGGAGAAAAUCCUUCCCUUUCCAGCACUCCUGCAAUCAGAUCACUGUUUCCUAUUUCCAUCAAGGGCAAUGAGAGCCCUGACUAAGAACCAGAGAUGCCAGAAGACAGGUUCUUUCCAUCUCUAUUCAGAUGCAUGCACUGGGGUGAGUGGGGCUGGGCAAUAACAGAAAAGUGAAAUCUAUUCCCUUAGACCCCUUGGAGAUCCUGAGACGGCAAAAUUUCCUUCUAUUCCCUGGAGUGCUAUAUUAGGUUACAGGUCUCAAAAUGUGGUCUUUGGACCAGCAGCAUCAAUAUCACCUGGGAACUUGUUUUAGGAAUGCAAGUUCUCAGGCUCCAUCUCAGACAAAGUGAAUCAGAAACUCUGGGGGUGAAGCCCAGCAAUCAGUCUUUUAAUAUACGUUCCAGGGUAUCUAAUGUGUGCUAAAGUUUGAGAACCACUGGCUAGGAGAUUCAAAUUCCAUUUCAAUCAGUGGUACCUCACCCUCUUCAAAUGGUGAGAGAGGGGUUCUUCACACUUCUGUUGUCAGAUUUGUUUUCUGCAACUUCUUUAGGCUAGUUACUCCUCAGUUGUGUUACCCUUGAGUCCAAAGGUCUUCAUCCUUAAAUUAGUGAAAGGACUGGGUUAGUCACCAAUUUCAGAAACCAGUGGGGCAACUACCAAGCUGCUGUGAUUGGCUGGGGCUGGAGCUUUUAAAAUGGGCACUGAGGAUUUGUGCAUCCAGAAAUCUGAAAGGACAAAAAGGAGCAGAUACCUCAAGGGAAAUCCAAUGUAAAACUGAAAAGCUGACACCCAAGGAAAUGGUCCUCCUUUGCUAGUUAUCUGGUUCUUUUCUAUGCCUAAUAAGUUGCCCUGGAGACAAGCAGGGUAGGCAUUCAGCACAGAGGUAGAGAGUAAGGCCAGCUGUCUCAAGCCCUUAAGGACCCAAGUUUUCCAAUCUCACAAUUGCAUUGAACACCAAUAAGUGCCAUGUAAGGGAUUUCUAAUGAUGAUUUGGCCUACCUUAUGGGCAGGGCAACAGGAGCACCAGAGAACCCCUUGGACACAAGAAGGAACCAGGAUCAUUUAGUUAGAUGUGACACAAGUGAGAUUUGAACCCAGACUCUGCUUACUAGGUAGUGGUAACCAAUUUGCCUAUGUCAAAAAUGCGUUCUCCUGCUUUUAAAAUUCUGUCCAAUUCAGGCUGUGGGAAGGGAUCUGUCUUGUAGGUCAUGGCCCUAUUACCUCUUCUAGCUCCUUUCCUGGGCACACCCACGAGGGCGGAGUGAACUGACAGUUGCCAACCUCCCACCUCUGUGGGGAUCUCCAAGGUCAGAAGGUUAGAGUGAACUUAAGUUUCUUUGGGGGAGGUCAGGAGUCGCCUUCUCCAAGGCAGAGAAGCUUGGCUAUGGGUUUCUUCAACUCCAGGCCUCAGGCUCUUUCCCUCUUUCCUUUCCUGUCACCACUCUCGUUUUCCCAGUAAGCGGGGCUCUUCCUCCAGUCUUCACUCCCACUUCUCUUUUUCAGGUGAUUUGGUUUGGUAUUUUGUUUUGCCUGGGGAAUGCCACACCUUCCCAAGGGUAUUCAUUCUUCCCAAUCCCUAUCCUUCUCCUUCCAUCAGAGUUUCUCUCUUGAAGCUUCUGGCCAGUUCUGUUCCCUCAUGAGCCCACUUGCUCUCUGUCUCUCUGCCUAUUGUCCAGUUUCUUUUCUGUCAGCUUUAAGCCUAUUAAGCAGAGUCAUUCCUCAAACUUCCCACUUUCGUCCCUCAAAUUCCUAGCUUGGCUGUAGCAGCUCAGCUGCCAUCUCACCACUCUACAUCUUUCUCUCUCUCAUGCACACGUCCCUACAUCCAGAUUUGGCCAAGGUUGCCAGUAGUGCCAAAUCCAGGCCCUUUAUUCCAUUUUCUACAGGCUCUUCUUCCCUGUAGCCUCCAAAGUGGCCUUCUACUUUUUGUUAUUUUGAUUUACUCAGUCCCUUCUUGUCUCUUGUGGCUCCUGAGAAUCAGUCUCAAUUCUACAAGCCAUUUUCUGUGUCCAUACUACAUGCCAGGCACUGGCUGUUCCAGGCCUGUGAGAUCUAGUUUUACCAUGGUCCCUGUACUCAGGAUGUUCCUCAGCUGAGCCCUCCCCUGCCACCACUUUCCUACAAUGCCUCAUGACACUGUGUGCCAAGGCGCCUCUUCCAGGAAGCUUUGGGGGUAUAUACCCACUUGCCAUCCAACCUAUCUGCUCUGUGCCUGCCAGAUUUCUAGCCAUUGUCUGACUUGGUUCCCUCUGAUGGACUGUGAACUUCCCAAGGAUUACCCAAUGGGGGACUUUCAUCUGUAUCCUUAGGGAUCUAUAAUAUGCUCUUUAUGGUCCCUGUGAGUUGAAUAAAGGAUGUAUUGGCUGUGUCAUUGA